UCGGGGCGGGGCUUGUGGAAUCUCCGAAUUCCUAGACACGGGGCCUUGGCGCGCGUCUCCGGGCGCGGGGUUCCUCUCACGCAGCCUCCCAUUCAAAAGAUGCCGAAGGGGCGGCGCGGCAGCCAGAACCCCAAGAUGAGCCAGCGGCCGGCCCCGCCCCUCUACUUUCCGUCGCUCUACGACCGGGGCAUCUCGUCGUCUCCGCUGAGCGACUUUAACAUCUGGAAGAAGCUCUUUGUGCCGCUGAAGGCGGGCGGAACGCCGGCGGCCGGGGUGGCAGGGGUAGCGGGGGUCCGACCCCUGCCUCUGGCACCCCCAGCCACGGUGCCGCCACCCCCGCCUGGCCUGGGUCCCCCCAGCGAGCGCCCGUGUCCUCCGCCCUGGCCAUCCGGCUUGGCCUCUAUUCCCUACGAGCCUCUGCGCUUCUUCUACUCGCCGCCUCCAGGCCCCGAGAUGGCAACUUCGGCCCUGGUCCCCGGCCCCACGACCCCCUGGCUCGCCUCCGCCUCCCACCCCGAGGAGCUGUGCGAGCUAGAGAUCCGGAUUAAGGAGCUGGAGCUGCUCACAAUUACUGGGGACGGCUUCGACUCCCAGCGCUGUGCGUGACUGCCAAACGAGCCCAGUCCUAGCUUCCCUAAUUGCCCCCUAGAGUCAGGCACCAGAAAGUGACCCCAGACGGUGCCCAGUCCUAGGAGUCCCACUCCCCAAAAUUUCUCCUCCAGAAGUUCUGACCCCCACGUGCUGAAUUUCAACCGACCCCUGCCUCACCACACCUGCCUGAUCUAAUCAGACCCUUUAGUUUUAAACCCCACCCCUUAAGGACUAGCCCUUGAAGUAAUGUUGACACUGGCUCUUAACGCCUGAAGCACUCUUCAUAAAUUUAGCCUCCCUACACAGUAAUACCACAGUUCUAUAAUCUGGAGCUCCAUCCACCACAGGCUCCCUAUCUCUAGAGACAUUAGCCUUCAAUAUGGGGUAGAAGGAGACGUAAGAAUUGCCCAAACCUUGAAGGUUCGCAGUCAUUCACUGAGGAGUCUUGGCCUCUGCCCUUCCCUGGGCCUCAAGUCCUCCGACAAAAUCUUGGACUUUGACAUCUGAUCUUAAGUCUGAGGUUUUGGGAAUCUACACCAGAGCAAACCCAAGUGUGCUGAUAAAAGGAGGAAUCCUCUGGUAUAUGAACUGAUGCCUCUCUAGUGGGCAGUAAGGCAGUUAAAGCCAGCUGUAUUUCCAGAAGGACUAAUCUCUCAGGAAUUAGUAGUCUGAGGCUAUAUCCACUUGCACCCUCUGCUCUAAGGCUUGAAUUUGACUAUGAGAGGAAGGCAGAUAGCUCUGGAAAGAUAAUCUCACCUGUUCUGCACAACAGGUUAAACUGGUCCUCACUGCCACACAGUGGGGUGAAGUAUGAAUAAAACUAUACACUUAGGUAUGAACGGCCAGGAGUGGUCUCCACUCCGUCUGAUACCCAUAGGAUACAUACAUAAAGUCCCUAGAACUUCCUUUUCAGUUGUAUGAGUUAGGUAAGUCUGGGAUGUUAGGAGAUUUUAGGGUCCUGCACAAUUCCUUCUCGGAAGCUUGCUCUGGAAGUUAGUAAAUAGCUUCUCAGAGUGGCAGUGGUACACACCUGGAAUCCCAGCACUUAGGAGGCUGAGGCAGAGGGAUCAAGAGUUCCAGGGCAGCCUGGAGCUACAUAGGACGACCCUGAAAAAUCAAAACCCCCAAGCUUCCCAGCUACAGCUGAGUCUGUUCUGCUCUCCUACAGAUAAAUUCCUGAAGGCGCUGAAAGAUGAGAAAUUGCAAGGACUGAAGACAAGCAGGCAACCUGGAAAGUCGGCCUCCUUCUCCUGAGGAGCUGCCCCUGGAGCUGGGCAGCUGCCUCCUUAGGUGUUAGUGCUUAGAUAAUGUGUCCUAGUUGUUGUCAUUUCAAAGAUGGUUAUUUUCUGUUCUGUAUUUACUACUGUUAUUGUUGCUCUCAGCACAUACUUCACAUACAGUGCCCACUUGCAUGGUAAA